AUGACAGACCACGCGAAGGAAUCACAACGAUCCAUGCCGGGGCUUUUGCCUCUAUUCGCUGCCGCCAUUGACGCAGUAGGCACAUGUCCUUCCGCAAGAGAAGAAGUGCUGGCAAACAUCUGCAUCGAUGAAAAGGCUUUCGAAAGAGAGCCUUCCUUUGCGUCUGGCGGCUCAUUCCAGGUCAUGCGAAGCCGACCAAGCACACUGAUAAAAUACGUCGAUUCUCGGUUCAAAAUGACCACCAUCCAUAGACUCGCCAUGCUCCAUCUCAAUGACGUUGUCCUCCGAGUCCCAAAGAAAAUGGUGGAUUGGGACUCGAAGAAAGGCCGGGACCUCUCAGAGUCUAUCUGCACUGAAAUCGCAAUUUUCAGGAACGAGCGUCUCCGGAGGCAUGAGAACAUCACUAACAUGGUUGGUAUCUGCUGGGGGGUUGAUAACGACCGUGCUAUAAUGCCUGUUCUUGUGUUGGAGACAGCCCAAGGAGGUGAUUUAUGCAAAUACCUUGAAACUUCGACGGCGCUUGAUGCUAGAGAUAGGCUGCGUCUAGCAAUCCAUUGCUUUCAAGGUUUGCUUGCUCUUCACACCGUCGGCGUCAUACACGCAGACUUGAAGCCAGAAAAUAUCCUGGUUUUCAUCGACGAAAAGGGCCGGCCACGCGCAAAGCUUACCGAUUUUGGCUGCUCGCUUUUGGUUUCCAACAUACAUGAACCAAUCAAGCUCAAAUCAGGAACUGCCUUGUGGCAAAGUCCUACAGUUUUGCAGGCCAUCGGUGCUCAAGGCUUACUUCAAGCUGAUAUCUAUUCUUUGACGCUCGUGGCAUCCCUUCUAUUGAUUGGGCCUUUCAUGGGCAAGGUGCUUGACCAAGUAGAUGGGUCAGGUGAUGGUGUUGAGUCACUACACAAGCUCAAAACUGACGACGGUGCCCUCGCAACCUUUAUCAGAAUGCAGAAGGACACUAAUGACUCGUCAAGUUCACGUGUCUUCACAGACAAAGUGUCAGGUCUCACCUCCGAGUUCUUCGAUUUGAUGCUUUCCAAUAAGGAGGAGGUUCAAACUGAAUCCGCACUCCCAGUUGAGUUUUUGAGGACUAUGCUUCAACAUGAGAUUGUAUCUGCCAUUAAAGACGAUCUCCAAAUAUUUGAGACUUUUGAUCCUCUUGAAGAAGAGGUUUAUUUCAGCCACUGUGAGGAUACACCAUUGGUCCAAGUUGAGGACGUAGUAAGCCAGUCCACGGCGGCUACAGGCAGUCAACAAGAGCUCGAUCCCGAACCUGCCAUAUCACCACUUCACUACCCUCAUCCAGAACCAUCUCAACUACACACAAACGAGACGAAGCUUAGGUUGGAGGAGCGGGAACAUAUAAUCCUAGUCCCUCUACCUGCAAGGACAAUCUUGAUCAAUACAUACUUUAGCAGACUCAGACGUCUUCCCGGCCGAGUCACCACGGCAAUAAUCACUCAGAUACGAGAAAUCGCCGAUUCAGACUCAUACUGUGAAACCUCACGAUCCCUCGCGGCGUAUGCAAUGGCAACAUGGCUCAUUGGGUUUCACCGGUCUGCUGCUACCUCGCCACCUUCACUUCGCGAAGCCGGACAAUAUCUUCUGACUGCUGCCAAACUAGGACAUGAAGAGGCCCGCUCUUCGCUGGGACAGGUACUUGCUUGGAUAGGAAUGCCGAAUCCUAUAGAUCCAAAGGUUGAAGAGGGAUGGCUCCACGAUUUGGCUGUCCUUGGAGAUCGACGUUCUCUGAAGAGAUUGAGCUCAGAGAGAUGCGCUCAGGCAUUGCAAGAUCAGACGGCAGCGCUGGGUGCGCGUGUCAGGGAGGAAGCAGAUAUCUCUGCGACUUCGGAUCAGGCCUUUUCGGAAAGCAACCAGCUUUCGGACAGCGACAAAUUGAGAGGCCGGCUCCCGCUCAUCUGCAGGUAUUUGGUCAACCAGAGCUGGAAUGUCAGCUUGCAAAAGGUUCUAGAGCUACCGGGUCUCGACCCUGACUUCUGCACUUCUCUUCUGAUGCAGGCUUGCCAGAAGGGUGACUACAGAAUCGCCAAGGUCUUCAUCGAGCACGAUACACCACUAAGAGACGAAACCUCCGGACUAACACCACUACAUCUCCUGGCCCAUUUUGGAGAUGAUGAUAUCAUUCCUUUAGCACGGCUCCUCAUAGAUAAAGGUGUCGAUCUAGAAGCCCGCUGCAACCUUGCUACUGCAUGCACCGUUGGUCAACUCGAUUUGAGAGAUAGUCUUACUGAUGCGACGCCUCUCUUGUUUGCUGUAGCGCAGCGGAGCCUCACAGCAGUUUCGGUACUUGUCUCUCUUGGCGCGGAUCCAUUUAACGGAGCAGAGAAAUAUGAGCCGCACACAGGAACCAUGGCUGCCCACAAACGUGGGAGGACAUAUUCACCUGUUCAUUAUGCAGCAAGACUACACAUGUCGGACGUCCUAGAGGCUCUAUUACCCGAGGGCAAGGAAUGUGAGCAGUUAUUGGACUGGCUGUGUUAUGAAACGCACUCUCUCAAGGUCGAUCCGCUCUGGUGCGCUGUCGACUACUGGUACCAGGGCCUAUACGAUCGGGUAUUACUACAUGGGAAAGAUCACAUCAAGAGGUGCGAAGAGACCAUCACCUUCUUUCUGAAGCGCGGAGCUCAGGGCCACGUGGUCAAUUGGGAUGUCAUCACCCAGGUCAAACACUCCAUCUUCACGGCAGCAACCUUGUACGGCCAGCCGUUUGUGCUGAACCAUCUGAGGUCCUUGGAAAUCCAACCUACCACAACGAAUCUCAUCAGAACACUUCAGACUGCCCUGGACGUCGAGGACUUGAAGGCGGUUGAGUACCUUCUUCCACUUGCCGAAAGAGAAACACGGGAUUCUGAGUCAUCAUUUCUGCUUCAAGCAUCGAUACAAGGACACAAGCUUCCAGACUUCAUCAGCCAUUUGUAUGAUAUCAAAGAACGCCUCGAGUCGAAUGCCAGAUCAAAGCUCAAGCUUGACCUGAUCAGAGAUCCACCGCUUCAAGAAACAAUUGGUCCUGAUGUCGGCCAGGAUAUCUUGCAGCAGAAGUCUUCACAGGAGGGCUUCAAAGUGUCGUUUACGAUACGUCCCGGGCCUGGUGGGCGCAGCAUCAUGGAACCUGUAGGUGAGCCAAGCAUGAUGCCGCCCAAAGGCACACCUUUACCCAUCGUAGAAGAAGAUACCGGCAUUUCUGCCUUUGAGAUGGCCGUCAUGGGCGGCUACGAGGCACGUGCGCGCGAACUGUACGAGAGUGAGCAUUGUGACGUGUCAUGCCGUCGUGUAGAUGAGGACGGCGAUGAGACUACCCUCCUAGCACGUCUUAUCCGAAAGAGCCGCAAGUACAGCAACUUCGAUAAGCAGAUUCUAUUUCUUCUCGAUCUUACCCCUGCCAGCGCGGAAGAGUUCUUUGGUGCGUGUAUACCGUCCGAAUCGCCUGCCAACGAAGGGUUAUCUAUUCUUCACAUGUCUGUCAUGCUUGAUGAGUGCCCUACAGGGUUUAGGGCCCGCGCCCCUCGUCCACUUAUUUCCGCCAUUAUUGAAAAGUACCCGGAGUCGGAAUACCUAAAUGCAGUGAACUCAGAAUUUGGCUCUGCUGUACACAUAGCAGUUGAGUGUGGUAAUCUGGAAGCACUAAAGGAACUUGAGGACGAAGACGUAGAGUGGAAUCUUCUUAACUCCUAUGGCGAAACACCUCUCGACAUAACAGCCCGCCGGCUCCUAAAAGUCCAUGAGUUUCUACAGCAAUGCCGUCAUCUACAAAGACUCGAACAGCCGGAUGAGUAUAAAGAAGCAGUGAGUACCUAUCGGGCGAACGAACAGCGCAUGAAGACAUUUCUACAAGGGAUGGGAGGAAGGUAUCAAAGAUACAAUGGGUUGAUGCACAGGAAGAGCGAGACAGAGUGGGAUCUAGAGAACUUUGCGGCCUCGGGGAGUAUGCAAGUCAACGUCGCGGAGCACUUGGCGAUACUUGAAAGCCGUUCCGUUGGUAUGAAUGAACCAAGUGUGGCAGCUCAUCUGCGUAAAUUAAGAGCUUGGGGUGAGUUAGGAGUGGAUGAGUGUAUGCUUCACCUUGCUGAUGGUACGGCUGUGACUUGA